CCGCUCUUGCAACACCAACCCCGCCACUCUCCCUUCCCCUCCUACCUCUUCUCCCCUCAGCUUUAAUUUUCUCUGAGUUUUCCGAACUCUGGCUCAUGAUCGGGCCUACUGGGUACGAGGUCCUGGAGGACCGUACCCCGAUCUCUCUCUACCUCUGACUUUCAGCUUCUCCAACCCGAGGCCCAGGCUGCCAUCACCUGGGCCACCUGGUCGGAUCGUCUUACUUCAUUCACCAGCGUUGACAAUUGCUGCCCUGUCUCCAGCCCCAAUGGGGGAGUGAGAGGCCACUGCCGGCCGGACAUGGGUCGCCCCACCGUGCCUGGCCUCCUGCUGUCACUGGUGCUCCUGGCUCUGCUGGUGGGGAUACACCUGUCAGGGGUCACUGGACUGGUCCCUUCUCUUGGUGACCGGGAGAAGAGGGAUAGUUUGUGUCCCCAGGGAAAGUAUGCCCAUCCUAAGAAUAAUUCCAUCUGUUGCACCAAAUGCCACAAAGGAACGUACUUGGUGAGUGACUGUCCACUGCCAGGGCGGGAAACAGUCUGCAGGGAGUGUGACAAAGGCACCUUUACGGCUUCCCAGAACCAUGUCAGACAGUGUCUCAGUUGCAAGACAUGUCGGAAAGAAAUGUUCCAGGUGGAGAUUUCUCCUUGCAGAGCUGACAAGGACACGGUGUGUGGCUGUAAGGAGAACCAGUUCCAGCGCUACCUGAGUGAGACGCACUUCCAGUGCGUGGACUGCAGCCCCUGCUUCAAUGGCACCGUGACAAUCCCCUGUAAAGAGAAUCAGAACACCGUGUGUAACUGCCAUGCAGGAUUCUUUCUAAGCGGAAAUGAGUGUGUCUCUUGCAGCCACUGCAAGAAAAAUCAGGAGUGUAUGAAGUUGUGCCUACCUCCAGUUGCAAAUGUCACAACCCCCCAGGACACAGGUACUGCGGUGCUGUUGCCCCUGGUUAUUUUCCUAGGUCUUUGCCUUUUAUCCUUCAUCUUCAUCACUUUAAUGUGCAGAUAUCCCCGGUGGAUACCCAACGCCUGCUCCAUCAUUUGUAGGGAUUCAGCGCCUGUCAAAGAGAUGGAGGUCGAAGGAGUUGUUACUAAGCCCCUAACUCAAGCCCCUCCCCCAGCCUUCAGCCCCACCCCCAGCUUCAACCCCACUCUGAACUUCAGCUCAACCCCAGGAUUUAGUCCUCCUGUCUCCAGUACCCCCGCCAGCCCCAUCUUCGGUCCUAGUAACUGGCACAACUUUAUGCUACCUGUAAAAGAGGUGGUCCCAACCCAGGGUGCUGACCCUCUCCUCUAUGGACCAUUCAACUCCGUGCCAGUCACCACUCCUUCUCAGAAAUGGGAAGACUCCGCCCACCCACCACAUCCUGACACUGCAGACCUUACGACGCUAUAUGCUGUGGUGGAUGAAGUGCCUCCGGAGCGCUGGAGGGAGUUCAUGCGGUUCCUGGGGCUGAGCGAACACGAGAUCAAGCGGCUGGAGAUGCAGAACAACGGGAUCUGCCUGCGCGAGGCUCAGUACAGCAUGCUGGAAGCCUGGCGGCGGUGUACGCCGCGACACGAGGCCACGCUAGACGUAGUGGGCCGCGUGCUUUGCAAAAUGAACCUGAAUGGGUGCCUAGAGAAUAUCCGUGAGGCUCUGAAAAGAUCCGCCAACUCGUCUACGACCGUCCUCCCGGGAUAAGGCCACACCCUCCACCUCAGGAGAGGGACUUGAAGACCCAUCCUGCUAAAUGCUCUACUUCCCUGUGAACCUCUUCUGUGGGUGAAAAGGAGGCAAGGGUCUCUAAGGGGCAGGCUCGAGCCUUCCUUGGUGCUACCGACUUGGUGUACAUAGUUUUUCUCAGUCGCCGAGGACUGCCUGAGCCAGCCACUUGUGCAUGGCAGGGAAAUGUGCCAUCUGCUCCCGGCCAGAGGAGGGUGCCAAAAACCAGAACAGAUGAUUGUAGAGGGAAGGCACAAUAUAUUUGAUACCCACUUGGGAUGCACGGCGCCCAAGCAAAGCUUCUCAGGGCCUCCUCAGUCGAUUUCUGGGCCUUUUCUACAGUAGAUAAGCAAUCUUUGUAUCAAUUAUAUCACACUAAUGGAUGAAUUGUCUAAGGUAGGGGCAAGCACAGAACAGUGGGGUCUCCAGCUGGAGCCCUCGACUCUUGUAAAUACACUAAAAGUGUAAAAAUGA